GAUGAGGCUUAAGUGGUGGUUAAAUCCCCCUCGGGAAUUUAAUCUACUACGAACAAAGAGGGAAGCUCCUUAUGGAGAUUGAUUGGCCACCCAUCCGCGGAACGGCGCAUGUGGUGGUCAUUCAAUCAUCUAUAUGGAGAGUACCGCACCAACGAUAGCCCCGGUUCUCCUUACAUUGAGAUCCUAUCAUAUCCUUUCCUCUUCCCCCCUAAUCCAGGGUGUUAUGCGUCGCCGUGCCCAUUGGAUGGUUUGCAGCCAGGGGUAUCCGGCUGUAUUAUAACGGUGCGCUCCUGAAACUGGGUCACCUCAGGAGCUACAAUGACCUUGCCAUGGCAGAGGGGACUUCCGUGGUCGACGUUUCCCCUUUCCCCCCUAAAAAUUUUGGUCUGCCACGCUCGCCACGUCGAGCAGUGCAGACGAUCAUGAAUACAAAAAUGAACAAAAUAAAUCAUGCCUCGGAUAAUCGAGAAUCAUCUAAAUCAAGACCUGACCUUUCGGGAAUGUUAUGUCUUCCCGCGGGAAAGACGGUAAGUACCGGCGGUGUAGAGUCUGUGGCUAAGCCAAGGCCUACUAUCUGCUACAUCCCUUCAGGAAUUGCCUCCACGGCAACGAGGUCUCUUGCCAACCACCAGAUGAAGAAUGCCGACCCUGCCAUAAGACAAGUUGGUGAUGAUAUUCGGUUAACAUCUAGUGCUGGUAAUAUAUCCUCUCUCGUAAAUAAGUACUCAGGAGGCAAGGGCAACUCUGUCAAAAGACAAGCUGGCCUUGCCAUUCAUGCCACUCCAAGUGGCAAAGGAACUUCGGGAGUAGUAGCACUUAAGGUGACGUUGGCAGAAUUGAACCACAAGGCUAAGCCAACGGCUUCUGAUGCUCGUCCCUUUGACACUACUACCUCCGCAGCCAGUAGCCACCCCCGGAAGCAUAUUAGGCCAUCAAGGAGGUACUACCGUAUCAAAAGGUCAGCCUUCAGAAUCCUGGAGAGAUUGAAGGACAAAAAAGAGGAUCUGACCGAGAAACAAGCAGCCUCCAAAGCGUGGGCUGAAUCCUUCAUCUCCGAGGACCGGAAGAAGGUCAAAAUGGACUUUGCACAACGAAAGCGCAAGCGGUCUAAGGAAGGGGUAUCGAUUAAAGCCAAAAUAUCAAAGGUGGCACCAACCCAGAUGACCAAAGGAGCUAACAGGGAGACAAAGAGGUAUUUCGCGAAAACAGUUAAAGACUGCUGUAUCAGGGCGGUGAUAGAUCGUAGUUCAUAUGAUGGUGCGAUCUCGCAAGCGAACUGGGAUCUGGUAAACAUAGGUCUAUGGAAGGUCUACAGGGAUAUAUUAAAUGAAAAUCCAGGAUCUCCACCGAGUUGCUCGGAUGCGGGAUGGUAUCAAUCACAUAUCAAGUUGAUAAGAUGCGCGGAUCAACGGUCUGCGGAUCUGUAUACUCUGGCCAUUAAUCGCUUAGGGCAGCUCUGGCCAGGUGCCUGCCUCGACGUGGUCCUUCGGGAAGACAUAACUAAACGGCCAAAGGCCAGAGCCUGGAUUCCAGACUUCCAUAUAGAUCCCGAAGAAGUUUUGGAGUUAAUUAAACUGGGCAACCCCGAACUACCCACCAGCGGGUGGAAGGUAGUGAAGAUGGGCAAAAGCGACCACAACCGAAGGCUAGCUGUGAUAAUUCUCAAUGAAGAAUCACUGACCCCACUUGCCAAGCAGAACUGGAGGAUUAAUUAUGGCUUCCAAGCUUUGACUCUCCAUCUGCAUAGGCGGGAUGUAGUCAACAAGGGCACCUAAUCCUCAGAAUAACGAGGGCGGCUUCGGCUGCAACAAAAAACCAACCGGAUGACGAGGUAGCAUCCUACUCUGAGAUGAAUAUCGAACUCUUUUUGAAGGUUACUCUUGACGAUGCGACAGUCAAUACUCCGAGCUAUCUAAUACUAUGUAGGAUUUCCUACCAUUGGCUACCAGCAAUGCAUAUAAGGUGUCACAUGCCCACAAUAAGGCGGCUUCAGCCGCACUCAUUCUCCAUCUCGCUAAAAGAGAAGAUAUCGCGCUCAUCUAAAAACUUUGGCUCAUAAAAUUUCGAGUCUGCGGAUUGAGCAAUAAGGAACAUAUAAACUGGUCUAUGUCACCGACAAAGAUGUCAUCAAAGCUGUGAAAUCUUCUGGAAGGACGAUAUAGCACACGAUACUGAGGAGCAACUCAUAAGAAUAGGGUUGUGAUGUUUUGUCUGGCCACAUAAAUUUGGACUUGAACAGUUUAGACGUAGCACGUACGCCUGGAUUCGGUAACC